AGAAAAAGAAAAGAAACAAGAGAAAAAAGAAAAAGAAAUAAAAAAAGGAAAUUGUUUGAAAAUUUGAAAAGAGCCAGAUUUCACAUUGAGCAGCUGCAGACGGAGAAAUCAGAGAAAGCACAACCCAGCCCCAGAUUCCAAGGGGCCUGCUGGGGACUCUCUCCUGCUCGAGAGGGAAAGACCCCGAGGCCACUGUCUCAGGCCAGAUCCUGGCUGCCAUGGGACUCGCACCUACUGCCCCCCAGCUGCCCUCCACACUGCCAGGCAGAUAAGGGCAGGCGCUGCCCCAGGAGCACCUGCCGCCCCCUGCCGGGCCACUCCUCUGUGGUCAACCCUCCCCCAGCUUUGGGCCACCUUUGCUGACGCGAGGCCAUGUAGGCCCCACCUGGGCCUUUGUGGAUACACACACUGCUGGGGACACCGCCUCUGCUCUCUGGGGGACACAGCGUACCACCAUGCCCCGGGGAUUCGCCUGGCUGCACUAUCUCGGGAUCUUCCUUGCCAUGGCCUUGGGGAACGAGGGUUUGGAGAUGUGGCCUUUGACCCAGAGCGAGGAGUGUGCAGUAACUGGCUUUCUUCGGGACAAGCUUCAGUACAGGAACCGCCUUCAGUACAUGAAACACUACUUCCCCAUCAACUACAGGGUGAGCGUGCCUUAUGAGGGGGUGCUCAGAAUGGCCAACAUCACCAGACUGCAGAGGGCCCAGGUCAGCCAGCAGGAGCUGCGGUAUCUGUGGGUCUGGGUGAGCCUCAGUGCUACUGAGUCGGUGCAGGAAGUGCUGCUUGAGGGCCACCCAUCCUGGAAGUUCCUGGAGGAGGUACAUACGCUACUGCUGGAUGUCCAGCAAGGCCUCACGGACGUGGAGGUCAGCCCCAAGGUGGAAGCAGUGGUGUCGCUCCUGAGCACCCCCAGGUUGAGCCUGAAGCUGGUACGACCCAAAGCCCUGCUGGACAACUGCUUCCGGGUCAUGGAACUGCUCUACUGCUCUUGCUGUAAACAAAGUUCCAUCCUAAAUUGGCAGGACUGUGAGGUGCCGAGCCCUCAGCCCCACAGCCCGGAGCCCUCAUCGCAGUGUGUAGCUGCCCCGCUGUACCCUCUGCCCCAGCAGCCCCCCAUCUCCCUGCCCCGCUCCCCAGGACCCAAGACUGGACCCCCGGCUCAGUGAGGCGGCUGAGGGCACAGGGCAGAGGCCUCCUGCCCCACCUGGCCUGUGUGGUGACCUGUGUGGGGCAGCUGGAGGUGCUCCCGCAGGAGUUUGGUGGAGUCUGAGACUUGUCUGGGGGGGGGGGGGGGGGAACCCCCAAGACAGUGUUUUUCCCUUGAGGGAGAUUCUGUGCCUGAGAAGGGCUCAGCUUCCUGCAUUCUGUACCUCACAGUCUCACCUGGAGCAGCCGGGGUCCAGAGCCCCCUGAAGGUGGACAGAGCUUGUCCCCUCCCUGCACCACCUGGGCUGCCUCGCUUGCCUGCAGGUGGUGCCCGGCGUGUCCUGAGGCCUGUAGAGGCAAGACUUGUGCCAGGUUGGGGGGUGGGCGGGCAUGGGGAAGGGGCAGAGCCAGACACCACAUCUUGCCACAGUGGAUGCUCUUCCAGUCCCUCUUACAUUUUCUAUUAAACACUUGCUUGUUUUG